UUGACAAGAAAAGGUUUAAAUUCGAAUUACUAUUAUUUUGGUCGAUUGACAGUAUUUAUAUUUGUCCAUUAUCUGCCGGCAUAUAAUUAUACAUUUUCUAAUUAUUUUGACUAAUAAUUGAAAACAUUCGCCUUUAAAUAAGAAUUCAUUAUUUAUAGAUCUAUCUUAAAGUCGUAGUUUUAUUGCAUUGAUUAUUUGCAAGAAAAUGGCGGACUGGGAAGACGAUUGGCAAGAAUCGGAGCCUGUAGCCGUAGCACCGACACCGAUUACUUACAAUGCCAGAGUAUUUAGCUCAAGCUCAGGUCGAGGGAGAGCUAGAGGUGCUUAUAGAGGUCAAAGCAAUGAUUCGAAUUGGAGAGCACGUGGUGGAGAUUCUACUGACAGAGACAACCGGCGUAGUUAUCGUCAGGAUAAUAGUAACAAAAAAGUUAUUAUGAUUCCUUCUAAUAAAGUUGGGCGUGUUAUUGGUAAAGGUGGCUGCAAAAUUCGUGACCUCGAAUUUGAGUCUGAAGCUAAAAUCAAAAUCGGUGACUCCAGCGGAAAUGACACUAACAUCACACUUUUUGGUACAGACGAAGCAAUAUCAAAAGUGGAAAGCAUGAUAAACGAAUUAACAGAAGAGCGUAAGCCAACUCCUAAGGAAAAUUUUAACAACAGCAAUGCUAGUUCUACUUCCAAUGAUUUUUUCAAACAAAGUACUGAGGGUGUGGAAGUUAUUGAUUGGAAUAAACUUAAUGCUUUUUACGAUAAUCACCAAAAGGAGAGAUGGGAUAAUUUAGCACCAAUUGUAAAAGAUUUUUAUAAAGAAGAUCCAGUGGUGAGUAAUAUGACCCCGGCUGAGGUAACUCGUUGGCGCUUGGCUAAUCAUGAUAUUCAGGUGAAGAGAACUUUUGAUGAGAAGCCUGGCUUACUACCUGUGCCAAAUCCAGUAUUAACAUUUGAACAAGCAUUUCAUAACUACCCAGAGAUCUUGGAAGAAAUUUAUAAACAAGGUUUUAAGCAGCCAUCACCUAUCCAAAGUCAAGCUUGGCCAAUAUUGCUUAGAGGUGAUGAUAUGAUAGGGAUUGCUCAAACUGGUACAGGAAAAACUUUGGCAUUCCUAUUACCAGCUCUAAUUCACAUUGAAGGUCAACCCACUCCAAGAGAAAAAAGAGAAGGCCCAACUGUUCUCAUUUUGGCUCCAACAAGAGAACUUGCCUUGCAAAUUGAGAAGGAAGCUUCCAAAUAUCAAUACAAAGGAAUAAAAUCUGUCUGCCUUUAUGGAGGUGGAGACAGAAAAGAACAAAUAAAAACUGUUACCAAAGGAGUAGAUAUAGUGAUUGCAACUCCUGGGAGGUUAAAUGAUCUUGUGCUGGCUAGACAUUUAAAUGUCAUCAAUUUUUCUUACAUUGUAUUGGAUGAAGCUGACAGAAUGUUAGAUAUGGGAUUUGAACCUCAGAUUAGAAAAUCGCUGUUUGAUGUGAGACCUGAUCGCCAAACCGUGAUGACAUCUGCAACUUGGCCAUCAGGAGUACGCCGGCUUGCUGAGUCCUACAUGAAGGACCCCAUUCAAGUCAAUGUUGGCUCAUUAGAUCUUGCUGCAGUACAUACAGUUACACAACAAAUUAUGUUUGUAGAUGAAGAUAACAAGGAGGCUGCACUGUUUGAGUUUAUUCAAAACAUGGAUAAAAAUGACAAAAUCAUUAUAUUUUGUGGUAAAAAGGCUACAGCCACACAUAUAACAACAGAAUUAUGUAUGAAGGGAAUAGAAUGCCAGUCUUUACAUGGAGACAGGGACCAAAGUGAUCGUGAAGCUGCUUUAGAGGAAAUGGUUGAUGGCACAGUCAAUAUUUUAGUAGCAACUGAUGUUGCAUCGAGAGGAAUCGAUAUAAAAGACUUGACUCAUGUUAUAAAUUUGGAUUUCCCACGUCAUAUUGAAGAAUAUGUCCACAGAGUGGGAAGAACAGGCCGAGCCGGAAAAACUGGAAUUGCUUUGUCCUUUGUCACGAGGAAUGACUGGGCUCAUGCUCGUGAGUUAAUUAAGAUAUUGGAGGAAGCUAAUCAAGAAGUACCUGAUGAACUUUUUUCAAUGGCUGAGAGAUUUGAAGCAAUGAAAGUACGCAGGGAAAGAAAUGGAGGGGACAGGCGGGGCAGAGGUGGCAGGGGUAGGAGAGAUGGUUUUUACUAGAAUGUAUUAAUGAUUGAUGAUAUCAAAAGUAGUGCUUCAUGUUUCGAUAAUAGUUCCUUUUAAUUAUUCAAAAUAGUUUGUGUGUGAUUUAAUUAUGCAUGCACCAACAUUUUGAACCUUUUUAUAAAUUUUUAACAUUCCAAAUAUAAACAUGUGAUCCAAAUGUUCACUACCUAUAA